AUGAUGCAGGUUAAAAAGCUCCUCCGGCGUUUCCGGCCUUGCAAGUCCCUGUUCCUAAACGAACCGCCCGCGGUGAUCGACGGCCGCCAUGACGUUUUGUGCAGUAAGGCCUUUCCGACUCCUCCAUGCGACUCCCUCCUCCGCGGCAACUUUGACGUUGAUCAAGGUCCCGUCGACGGCUCCCAAGCACCCUGCAAAGGCCUCCCGGACCUCUUGCCGCCGGCAGUCGGGCCAGGCGACGUCAGAGACGUCUGGCAACGUCACAAAAGCAACGUGAAGGCGGAUCAGGGCCCGGAGGACUUGGUGAAAGUGACGGCAGAUCGUAUCUGUACUCCGGCCAAAGAGGUGGGCGGCGGCCCUGGUGGUAGCAUCCUGCCCACAGAUAUAUAG